GAAAGAAAAUAAAAAAAAAAGGAAAAGUUUUGGACUUUACUGAUUACGCACAGUACCAAUUGUAUGUCAUCAUAUCUUUGGAAUGUCAGGCAGGCCCUAUGGUUGUUCUGUUCUGUUCAGGCAUAGAGAGACUGGAGAAGAGGCUUUUGGUUCUGGGUUCUUUAUUACCAGAGUCUUAUCUCUUUUCGAGAUUUUAGCCCCUCUCGCUCUCUGAUUGUAGGAGAGGCCUGCCUGAUAGCUCUGAUGUGUUGUUCCUCUUUCAUCCUUGGUACUCUGAAGGAAUUCAUGGCUAUGCCAGCUACGCAGUACUAUAUCCUUUUCUCGGGCUUUGAAUCUCUCUCUUUGAUACUGGGAGUUACUUCACCAAAUGGGGUUGUUGUUUCUCAGUUCUACAUUCAUAGUUUGAAUGCAUUUUCUUUGUUUCUGUCCAAUAUUUGGCUAGAAUCCUCAAAUCUGUUCUGGACUGGAACUGCGGGUUCCUUUUCUUGAUGGGUUUUGUCUGUUUCCUUGCUGCAUGCAGUUGAUCGAAUCUUCUUCUCUCUGAUGAUUUUUCAAGUGGGGAGGACAGAAGAAGGUGGCAGUGGUAGAGGGACAUUGGCAAUGGCAUCAUCUUCUGCUGCAAGCAACAACUCAACGCCUAAGAGAGAAGCAGUCCAAAAAUAUCUUCCAUAUCCUCCUCCUUUGGCCAGAUACGAGGAUGUUGUGGUCAGUCCCAAGCUCUUCAUGGACACUUUAGAGAAGCUCCAUGCUACUAUGGGAACAAAAUUCAUGAUCCCGAUUAUAGGAGGGAAGGACCUAGACUUGCAUCGGCUUUUUGUGGAAGUCACUUCUCGGGGUGGUAUUCAGAAGAUUCUUAGAGAGAGACGAUGGAAAGAGGUAACUGCCGUUUUCAAUUUUCCAUCCACAGCUACAAAUGCGUCUUUUGUGCUGCGCAAAUACUAUGUGCUAUUGCUUUACCAUUAUGAGCAAAUUUACUUUUUUAAGGCCAAGGGUUGGAGCCCACUUGCUGAUCCUCUUCAGUGUCUGUCUUCUCCUCCUGUUCCACCUCAGGGUUUGAUUGAGCCAUCGCCAGAAAUUCAGGCAGCUAUGAUGCUGCCGCAGGUAGCAAAUGCUGCAGAGUUCUUAAAUAGAGCAACUUCAGUGCCAUCAACAGGUUCUCCAGUGAUUGGAGUCAUUGAUGGGAAAUUUGAGAGUGGGUAUCUUGUUACUGUCACAAUUGGCUCAGAGAAACUAAAAGGAGUCCUAUAUCAAGCUCCACAGAACCCAACACAUCAAGUCGUACAACAUAAUGUGCCACAACAUCAAAUUGUAUCUUUCAGCAAUGUUAAUAACAAUCCUACAGCACCAGGCAUACUCCGUCGCAGACGCAGGAAGAAAUCUGAGAUGAAAAAGAGGGACCCUGCUCAUCCCAAACCUAACAGAAGUGGAUAUAAUUUUUUCUUUGCAGAGCAGCAUGCUAGACUGAAACCACUUUAUCCAGGAAAGGACAGAGAAAUCAGUAGGACGAUUGGUGAAUUAUGGACAAAAAUGAAAGAAUCUGAAAAAGCAGUAUACCAGGAUAAAGCUGUGAUGGACAAAGAAAGAUAUAGAGCAGAAAUGGAAGAUUACAGGGAGAGGUUGAGGACGGGCCAGAUCAUAAGCAAUGCAGUGCCAAUACAGCAGCGGCCUCUUGAGCCAGAUGUGAACCUGGUGGAUAUUAUUUGUAAGAAAAUUGAACCUGCACAUCAGGAAUCACCUAAAACUCUGGAAAAUCAGAUUGGUUCCGGUAAGAGCUGUAACAGUGACUCAGAAGAUAAGGACUCGUAUAUGGAAACGUAUCCAGGAGAGGAAGUUGGUGCAGAAAAUAUGGUUAUGGAAUAUUCAGCAGCAGCUGAUGAGGAGUGCCUGGAGUUGCAGAAGAGGAUUGACAAGGUUGGACAUGAGAGCUUGCUAAGCUCGGGUGACACAGGUAUGAUAGUGGAGAGCAAGCAAGAGUUGGCACCUGAGGGAGAUAAAGGAUCAAUGGCUUGUGAUACCACAGAAUCAUUACCCACUGAACAGAGAGAAGCAGUAUUGAGUGAAGCGAAAGCAUCGAUGCAUGGUGAAAGUUGCUAAGUUCUUCUCUAUGUUGGAUGGAUGGCUAGCCCCUGUAGAUCAUGUCUUUGACCGAGGAUACUUACAUGUUAGAUACAUUAAUUAAUUCUUCUGUGGUUUUGGUUGGUUGUCUUGUACAAUCAGGGUGCUUUUAGAUAUAUGGUGGUGUUUUUAGGUUUGGGGUAGGGGCCGAGUCUUAGCCAACAUUUGAACAAUUUUGUAGUGGAGAAAUGUAGAUGAUUUGGCUAAAUGAGCAUUCUACGCCAUAUUCCUAACCCCGUGCUUUUGAGUUUUGAACUAUAUUAU